AUGGUUAAGGGGUACUUGCUCAGUGCCUUUUCGUCGAGCCGUGACCUGUUUGCCCACGACGGCCGCCUCAUCAUCUCUCAUGGAGGCGGAAAGGCAGAAAGCUUACACACAAAGCAGGGGAAAAUACAGACUCUUGAGGCCGACGAUCAGUUGGCCGGCGAUAAGUCUGUGAGAGCUCUGUUAAACACUUACUCUGUUGGGCGCCCUGUGGUGCUUCUUAUAGAUGACAAGUAUACCAUGUUUCCGUACGACUUGGCUGGCGACGGGUAUACGUACGUUGUGCUUGGUUUCUACAAAAUCGUACAUGCUUGGGCUGAGAAACAAGCGGCAACUAACUCUCGCGGGUACGUAGUCAGGUAUAAAUUCGCGUUCCAAUGGUGCGAAGCGCAAGGAAAGCCGUGGUGGAUCGAUGCAGGACACUCCAGAGGUGCGUAG